AUGGAAGAGUUAAUAGUAGAGCUGCGACUGUUUCUUGAACUUCUGGACCAUGAAUAUCUGACUUCCACUGUCAGGGAGAAGAAGGCAGUAAUAACUAACAUUCUCCUGAGGAUACAGUCAUCAAAAGGUUUUGAAAUAAAAGAGCAUGUGCAGAAACCAGAAGUCGUCAACAGCCUGCCAGCACCUCCUCAAAUGCCUCUGCCAGAAAUACCUCAGCAGUGGCUGCCACCAGAUAAUGGGCCUCCACCAUUACCAACAUCUUCCCUUCCCGAAGGCUAUUAUGAAGAGGCAGUGCCACUUAGUCCUGGGAAGGCUCCUGAAUAUAUCACUUCCAAUUAUGACUCGGAUGCUAUGAGCAGCUCUUAUGAAUCCUAUGAUGAAGAGGAAGAGGAUGGAAAGGGGAAGAAAAUGAGACAUCAGUGGCCUUCUGAGGAGGCUUCUAUGGAUCUGGUGAAGGAUGCCAAAAUUUGUGCCUUCCUACUUAGAAAGAAACGAUUCGGGCAAUGGACCAAACUACUGUGUGUUAUCAAAGAAAACAAACUACUGUGCUACAAAAGUUCUAAGGACCAGCAGCCCCAGAUGGAGCUGCUCCUGAAUGACUGCAGCAUCACCUACAUCCCCAAAGACAGUAAAAAGAAGAAACAUGAACUGAAAAUCUCACACCAAGGAGCGGAUGCGCUAGUUCUGGCAGUACAGAGCAAAGAACAGGCGGAGCAGUGGCUAAAGGUUAUAAAAGAUGUAUGCAACAACUGUAUGGGCACUGUGGACUCUGAUGGGCCGUUGUCUAGUUCUCCAGUACACAAGACAGAGCUGGAAAAGAAGUUGUCAUCUGAGAGACCAAGUUCAGAUGGGGAGGGUGCUGUGGAAAAUGGCAUCACCACAGUGUGCAAUGGAAAAGAACAAGAUUGUGGAGGCUGUGGUUCAGAAAUAAAAAAUGGGCAGUCAUUGGUUGCCUUGGACAAACACUGGCAUUUGGGCUGUUUUAAGUGCAAUGCAUGUGGCAAGCUACUGAACGCAGAGUACAUCAGCAAGGAUGGCAUUCCAUAUUGCGAAACGGACUAUCAUGCAAAGUUUGGUAUCAGAUGUGACAAUUGUGAAAAAUAUAUUACGGGCAGAGUGCUUGAGUGUGAGAAGCUGCCUGAUGCAAAGGUAUAG